UCAGCGCGAAGAGACGGCAGGGAGGAAGGAGAGGAGACUGAUGACCUGGCUUCACUCCUGUGUAGGCACCUGGAUAAUCUCCUGCAAUGUGGCAGAUUUGACCAGCUCUUAAGACCUGACCCGGAUGAGAUGGUACAACCGGUGGCUGCUAGAGCUGACAGACCAAGGAGGCAGACUUCCGAGGAUGAUUUUCUCAGCACCUCAACCUCACUGAUUUCCCAGGUUCCUUCCACUGAUCACCUCUAUCUUCUCUCCAGGUCUGAAGAUUUUCCCAGUUUCUCCUGAGUCACAGUCACCCCUGAGGGCCUCUUCACCACCAGGGCCUUCUAUUCCUCAGGGAUGCCUUUCACCUCAGCCGCUAUCUCUUUCCUCCUCCCCACUGCAUUCUCCCAUUCCUAUGGCCUCUCUGCCACCUCUGCCAGAAGCCGGCUUGGUUCUGCGGCAGCAGGGUUUAUCACCACUCCCACUGGGGCCCAUCCCACAGAAUUCCUGUCCAUAAAACAACUGAUCCUUUCCUUCCCCUGUCCCAGCAAUUACACUUCCUGGUCACUCAGGCUGUCCCAUCUCACCCUUCCCCAAGUCAGAGACCUCCAGAACCUUGUGCCGCUGCAUUUUAGCAAAAGGUAAACCCCAGGGAGGCCACCAGACCCCACAAUUGCCAGAGGCCUCAUUCCUGGUACACACCACACACAGACAGACAGAGAAUGGGAGUUCCCAUGUCCUCAAUCCUGAGGUCCAGAAGUUUCUGGAAAUACUAAUCACCAAGAAGGUGGUACUGAAGAUCUGUAAGAACACUGAAAAGGAGGGACAGCACAUCUCCCUGUGUUCUCUGGUGAAUGUGUUCAGAUCCCUGGGCAAAGAACAGGACCUUGUCCCUGCACAUCCUUUCUGGAAAGCAAAAGGACAAGCGGAGCAGCUUCCUGUUUCACAGCAGCGCUUUUACCACAAGAUCUUGUGGGACCACUUGCACCAGAAAGGGAGCCAGGUUUUCUGGGGCCUCCUAAUUGUACACAGUGAGUCCCUGGUGGGAAACACGAGAUUGCCCGGUGCCUCCUUACUGUUUUCCCCAUUUAUAUUUAAUGAGCUCUGUGACUACGUGCUACAACACAUUCAAGCUACUGUAUCUCCACAAAAGUUUUCUUCCCUGCCCUUAGUCUACCGUGUGGGCCAACCCCACCUGUGUCUCAGAAACAGAACUGGGGUCAUGUCCCAUCUCUCCCAUGUGCACCUUGGCAUUUAGCUCCCUGGAAGUUUCUAGUCCAACAAAGCAGAGCGGUUAAAAUAUCCAAUUUCACUCACUAUUCAUCUACUGCAAAGCAAAUUUUUGAAGGCACCAGGAGAUAAUAGAGCUUUACCAAAUGUGGUCAAAAAAUUUCAGGAAGACUUUACCCAACCAGCUGAAAAACAUGGGAUCCGUCAGGAAAACACGUCCUCUGUGAAAGUCCCAGUGGAUGUUACCUACUCCAAGCUUCGGGAACAACUAGAGCAAAACCUUCAAACAAGACUCAUGUGUGGGCUGCCCCCUAUGGUCCACCUAUCAGAGAGGGAAAGAGCCCCAGGGACAGGGCACGCAAACCAUAAUUGUGAGCCUUGCCAGAUCUCACUGAUAGAGGACAGCAGUCAGGUCACAGAAAAGACCAAGUCUGGGUUUCCAGAAGUACCCCAGGUAUUGAGAUACUCAAGCAAUGGCCUGAGAAAAGUGCAGGACAAGAGUCCAGAAAAGUCUCCAGAGAAUGAACUGGAGUGCAUCUCUCAGGGAACAUCACAAAGAAAAGUAUUGGCGCACUGAAGAGGUGAUUCAGGAAAUGAAUCAGUAGGCAGUUCAGAGAAGAACCUAGAAGACAUUGUGAAAGUCUGUGUGAGAGGGAUGGUGGAGCAGACCAGGGGCAGGAUCCCUAAGGGUGUGGAUCACUCCACCCUUAGUGUGCACCAUGCCUGCAACCCUCCUGGAUUCUCAAAUGUCCCCAUGGAACCUGGAAACAAACCAUCCUUGAAUUGUCAGGAGUGUGGCAGGAACAUCAAGCAGACUGUGGAGACUGAGCGGAAGAAGCCCUUUGACAGGGCACUGAUCAAGGGACCCAGUGUGAUGUCAACCUUCCAUAACCCUCAUGUGAGUCUGAGGAGUUUCAAGUCUCUGGGAUCCACUAAAAGCCUCCCCGUGCCCAGAAUUUCUACUGUGCAGAACACAGGAGACUCAUGCUUGGGUACGCAGAAAGAGACAAAACACAAGAGUCAAGAUCCAGCCCCUGGGGUCCUCCUGCAAGACUUUGCCACUGGUGAGAUCCUUCCACACUCCACCUUAAGAAUUCCCCUCACUCAUUACGUUCUGUCUUCUCACAGUCCUCCACCCAGCCCCCGAGGAGUGCUUGCUAGUAGAGCAUCACCUUCACUAGAGAAAUUCAACCUCUUAAGGAGGGACACAAUGAGCCAGGAAGAAAAAGACCUCAGGAUCUCAAAAUGCGAGGAUCCACAGAACAUCAAGAGCAUCGUGUUUGGUCCACCCAAGGGUGGAGAGGGCUUUGCGAGCCCCAGGAGAUGGAUCACUAGGAGCCCAUCACCUUGCUGAGGCAUUUGUGGCCUCCUAGUGAGGGCCAGGAUGAGCCAGACACGAACAGAUGCAUGUUGCCAAAACCCCAGGAGCCAAGAGUGACCAAGUCCAACAUAUUUAUCCCACCUGAGAAGAGAGACAGCUUUGGCAGCCCAAAGCCAGGAGGAAAGAUGGACAGAUUUGCAGGAGGGAAGGGGGCUGGAGGGCUGAUUUCCUCUUCUCUGGUGAGGAAAGCAAGAGACACAAUGCGGAGCAAGUUGCUGCUCCUGGCAGAGAAGCAACCAACGCCUUCCAAAAGCAACACUGGGACCACAGUCAAGAAUUUUCUGCAGCACAUGCUGCCCAAUAAGGACAGAGAACAGGAAGAACCCCUGCACACAGUCCAGGCCCCGGCACCCACUACCCAAUGUCAAGGGCCCGUCUCAGGCAGCAGACUCUCUAUGCACAGUGGGCGCGUUGAAUCCCAUGUGCUAUUGAUGAGUGUUAGUCGUAUUUUAGAGGAGAAACUGAGGUUACAAAAUGAUGUUUCUGCCUCCACAGAAAAUUUGCAGACAGAGGAACCCUGGGUCAAUAGGUGGUCCUCCUACCAAAAGUAUGCUGCCUUCCCACAGUCUAAGAGAGUGAUAAGCAAGGUGGCCUGUGGUCAGCAGGCCAGGCCUGAGCACCACAGCCAUUGUAUGACUAUGAGAUGGAACACAGAGAGGGCCAGCAAUCCUGCAGUCCCACCCCAGGAGCCAGGGCCCCUAACUGGUCACCUCCAUUGCAGGCCCAUGGAGCCUGGAGCUUCAGACAACCCCAUUCACUGCCCCCAGGCGCUGUGCUCUUCAGAAAAGUGUCUUCUCCAGUCAGUCACACAGUUCUUCUCACACCUCUUCUGGGGGAAAAUCCUUGCUGAGCAAACCUGUUCUCUCUCACAAGCACAUAUUGUGUGCACUAAUGGCGUCUUUCUAGGGAGACGUCUGUGGAUUCCCAAUAAAUGAUUUUAUCUCA